UGAGGGCGCUGUUUUUCGUCAAUAUGGUCGCUACUUUAGUCUAUACUCUUUGGUUGACUCAACCUACAUCGAUUAUUUAUGUCUUCUUAUAGAAAAAACUUAUAACCUUUCAUUGUGAACUAAAGAAUAUUUUUACAACAAAACAAGUGGAGUAAUUUUAAUCUUGGAUCAGUAAAUAUUUUACCUUGAAAUACAAGGAUACGUAAACCACAACUACUUGUUGGUUUUAUCAACAACUGCUUGAAACUCAUCUCAUAUUAAAUCAAGAGAUUGAUUCGUUUUCUACCAUUUCAGGUAAAAAAUGGAGCCACAAAAACCACUUCCGAGUCUCCUCUCCCUCAAAGUCUCAGUCCCGCCAGGUAUGGACCAGCCACUAAUGGAAGAAUCCGAUAUCGACACAGACCCAUCUGCAGUCAAGCUUCCAGCAGCGCUUGAACAAGCUUUGGCUUUCAAGACCGAACGUGCCAAGGAAGUUGGCACAGAUCCCAAUGAGAUCUCCGUGCCAGGCAGUUCCCCUUCUCAUCCACCUUCAGACCUCCCUAUCGACUUCGUCACCGAUCCCCUUGAAAUUCCAAAUGAAAUUUCUAAUUCCAACACCCAUCAAAAGUCUCAAAAAUCCAAGAAGAAGAAAAAGAAGAAGAAGAAACGUCAUGCGAUCGACCCAAAGGAAGACCAAGAGAAUAAGAAGAAAGACCCAGACGUUUUUGCUACUAAAGAGGACCUCCCAGAGGUGGAGUACGUCCAGGAAACGCCAGGAGUAACUGAUCUGGAACCCAUGUACCGCCAAUUCGCUCGAGUCUUCGAAGCUUUCAAAUUGAUCGAACCAGAAUCCAUUGAAAAAGAUAGAGAACUCAUCGGUCAGUAUCCUCCAGCUGCGACUCCAGUGAUUCCCAGUAAGGUUCCAUUACUCGAUGACUUCGACGAAGAUGCAGGACAACCUCAGCCUUCCACAACGGAGAACGGAGCUCCUCGGUUAUCAAAAAGAAAAUUAAAACGAUUAACUCGUCUCAGUGUAGCCGAACUGAAACAACUUGUUGGUCGUCCCGAUGUCGUGGAAAUGCACGAUGUAACAGCUCGAGACCCAAAGCUUCUUGUCCAGUUGAAGGCUCAUAGGAACACCGUUCCAGUUCCUAGACACUGGUGCUUCAAGCGAAAGUAUUUGCAAGGGAAAAGGGGAAUUGAAAAACCACCCUUUGAUCUUCCCGACUUUAUUAAGCGCACUGGGAUCACUGAGAUGAGGGCUAGUCUACAAGAACGAGAUGACUCAAAGACGUUGAAAGCAAAGAUGAGGGAGAGGGCGAGGCCUAAACUAGGCAAGAUUGAUAUUGAUUAUCAAAAGCUGCAUGAUGCAUUUUUUAAGUGGCAAACGAAACCUAGAAUGACGAUUCAUGGAGAUUUGUACUACGAAGGCAAGGAAUUUGAGACGAGACUGAAGGAGAAGAAGCCUGGUGAACUCUCGGAUGAACUAAGAACAGCCUUGGGUAUGCCGGUAGGGCCCAAUUGCCAUAAGGUGCCUCCGCCUUGGCUUAUUGCCAUGCAAAGAUAUGGGCCUCCUCCUAGUUAUCCGAAUUUGAAGAUUCCGGGCUUGAAUGCACCAAUCCCUGAAGGAUGUGCAUUUGGGUACCAUGCUGGGGGCUGGGGGAAACCUCCCGUUGAUGAGACAGGCAGGCCACUGUAUGGAGAUGUCUUUGGAGUGGUGAGACCGCUUGGCGCGGAUGUAAUGGAUGAGGAGGUCGAUCGGGGGAUGUGGGGAGAGCCGGAGUCCGAGAGUUCCGGGGAGGAGGACGAAGAUGAAGAAGGAGAUGAUGGUGGUGAUGUCGAUGGAGAUGGAAAAGAGAUGGAUGGAGACGCCAGCGGUCUCGUGACACCUGGAGCCGAAGGUUUGAUAACUCCAAGUGGUAUGACAUCAAUCCCUGCUGGAUUAGAAACUCCUGAAACAAUUGAAUUGAGGAAGAAAAAGAUUGAGAGUGAUAUGGAGGGUGGAGAUACUCCAGCAGCCCUUUACACUGUACUUCAGGAGAGGCGGACUGAAGGACUCGGUGGCAGUAUGAUGGGCAGCACUCAUGUUUACGAUAUGACAGGAGCUGGAGGACAGGCUCCACCUUCUGUUAUUGCUGCCAGGAGGGGAAUUAGUGGAGGAGAGUCUCGGGUUGAGAAAGAUGGAGCUGUGGAAGUAGCAUUAGAUCCUAGUGAAUUGGAUCUGGACUCUGAAGCCAUGGCCUCGAGGUAUGAAGAGACUAUCAGGUCUCGGCAGGCUCAUCUUAGGAGGGAGGAUGUAUCAGAUUUACUACAAGAUCAUGUACAACGGCAGAAGAGUAAAAGAAAGAGACAGCAAACCCAAGAGAGCAAGUCUGCUAAGAAAUAUAAGGAAUUCAAGUUCUAAUUUUUUUUGCAUUAUUUUCAAAUGUAGUUUAAGAGAUUGUAAGUCACAGGAAAAUACAAAGAAUCAUAUUCUUGAA